AGUGACCGCAUGAGUUUGAUAGAAAAUAUUAGAAGAUCGUCAAAUGUUAUAUAAAUAACCUUUCUAGUAAAUGGAGGAAUUUCUUUAUAACUUUUGAGUUUCUUUUGCGGAUAUAAUUGGUAUGGCCAAUUUUUCUUAUAACGUGUCUACCAAUUCAAUCAAUGAAGAUGAAUACUUCGUCCCUCCUGGACAUCACGAACAGGACCCGAUCCCGACUCGUUCUAAUUCGGAGCGGCGGGCGACAGUGGCGGAGGAUGAGCUAGAACAGUCGCUGAAUAUCCGCAGCACCAGGAAAAGGUUCCUCGCUCUCGCUUUGUACAUGAUUUGUGCCUCGUUCCAGACCUACACGAGCAACUGCCUCAACCCCAUGUCUUUGGCACACAGUCCAGAUGAGAUCAUUCAAAAGAACAUUGCCAACGUUAAAACACGCGUAUUGAGUUUGACCUUCUUCUUGACAUGCCUCGUGACCGCGUAUCCCUUCAGUCUCCUAAUAGGCAAGGCAGACCUGAAAAGAUACUUGGUCAUGUCUUCAUUCCUCACUGCCAUUUCACUCACUGCAAGGUGUAUUGUGGUGGCUUGUGAAUUCGACUACCACAACAGAAUCACGUUGUAUGUCACCCAGGUUCCCCUUUCAAUAGCAGCAUGUAUGUCCUUAGUGGCCCCGCCUCAAAUUUCCCUCCAGUGGUUCCCCAAAACAGAGCGACGCUCGGCAACUGGCUUCGCAUUUCUCUCUCUCUACCUUGGGAUCACGUACAGCUUCGUGAUAGACUGUAUUCUCAUUUACUGCUUCCAAGGUACCGAGAACUUAAUGCGCAAGUUUCGCUACUUUCAGAUGACUCAAGCUCUCGUCGCCGCUUUUGUUUUCUACUUGAUUCUGGCCCUUUAUCCGAAUAAACAAAGCGCCUACAUUCCGAGCUUCAUAACUCUUUCUCAGAGGUUCUCGCUGAAAGCAAGUGUGAAUAAUCUGAGAAGCAAGCGCAGAAUUUGGGUAUGUCUCGUCUGUUCUGGAAUUAUAAUUGGAAGCUACAUCUUUUUCUUUUACCAGAUUUCAUGGGUCGUUGACCAGCUAGAUUUGUUUGAAGAGCCCGACCAAAAUGAAAAAAUAAACACAACCGAUUUACUUCUAUUUGCUCUCGCUGUUUCAGCAGCGAUGAUUGUUUCUGUGGGUGUCGCAUACCUUCUAUUUCGAUUGAGCGAUCGAUGUGAGCGACUAUUCUUUUUCAUUUUAUCCAUCCUAGUGAUUUACACAUUUCUGUUCACUCUUCUUCUUCUCUAUAGUUAUCUACUCUUAGAAGUACUCGAUAGAUUAGCACUUUUGAUAUUCUUUCUCUGUUUGGGCUUGGGCGCAUCUACGUGUGUAAUUGUGUUCACGCCCCUCUUUGCCGAAUUUAUUUGCGACUUCAUGUAUCCAGUGCCUGAAGAUUUCACGUACGCCAUCUUUUUCAGCAGCGUCUUCGUUAUUCCCACUAUCUUCAGUAUUGGCUUUUUUCGAGCCGAUGGAAGAGACGACACAGAAUUCGCCAAAUGGGCCAUUUCUAUUGUGACUGGAUGCGCUAUUUUGGGCACAUCUGUUUUCGCUUUCUUGAAGAACACUAAAAACACCAGGUAUGGCUGGGAGAUAGGAGCUCAGAAGCGGGCAGAGCUGACGAAUGACGCCAGUAACUUAGUAAGCAUCAGCUACCAGCAAAUUCGAUCAACUUGAACUAAUUAUUUGAACUAAGUUAUGCGUGUAUCAACAUCUGUUUCAAAAUUGGUUCAUAAUUUUUCCACAACUUUAGAAAAUUUAUA